AACUGCUUCCUGUUGCUAUGGAGAGGAGACGGAAGUGUCGGUUGCUAUGGAUAAGCGUGGCGUGGAGAUGGAGCCGGAAUGUGUGAGGUGGAGUGUACGGGAGGUCGGUGGCUGGAUCCGGCUCAAAGGCUUCCCCCAGUAUGAGGCCUGCUUCACAGAAAAUUGCAUCAACGGCCGGAAGCUUAUCCAUGUAACCUGCUCCAGCCUUCCUCAGAUGGGCGUUAUUGAUUUCCAGGACAUGAAGGCAAUCUCCAAGCUGAUUAGAGACCUGCUUGCCGUCAGUGAACCUGCAUGGACUCGAAGCAUCUCCUUGCCCCGCAGAGACAACAUGGGACUGUUCCUGGAGCAAAAGUCCAAGACGGGAUUGACUUAUGAUUCAUUGACUUAUAAACAAUUCAUCAUCCAACAAGGACUAGAAUCAUACUAAGCAAUAGAUGGGGAUUACAGUGACGUUCAAGCUAAUCAGAACAUUUUUGUUUAUAUUUGUGAUGAUUGAAGCUUGCAUUUUCUUUACACACCUUUAUUUAUA